UAAGAAACCCAUAUGUUACAAUAAAUGUCAGAUUUUUUUAACCUCAAAAAUUUUAAACUACCAUACAGCAAAGAACACUGUCAUUAAAAUCAGUAGAGGAAUAGAUUUGGAAAAAUAUUGGCAAAAAAAGCUGAAAAUAGACAACAAACAUGGCGUUGGCGGUGGCGGCGGCGGCUGCAACGGUGACGAAGACAGCAGCGGUGACGGCAGCGGCAUUGAAGGAGGUGGGGGUUACUUGGUGCGGUGGUCAGGUGGUAUAACGAACUGUAAAUAUCCAAAAAAAGAAAAAGAAAAAAGAAAAAAAUGGGGGAAAAGAAACCAGAGCCUUUGGACUUCGUGAAAGAUUUCCAGGAGUAUCUGACUCGGCAGACCCAUCAUGUGAACAUGAUUUACGGCUCAGUUAGUGGGGACAAAGAAGCAGAGGCUCUUCAGGGAGCUGGAACAGAUGGUGGGCAAAAUGGACUUGACCACCCAUCUGUUGAAGUUUCCCUGGAUGAAAACUCAGGAAUGUUAGUAGACGGGUUUGAAAGGACCUUUGAUGGGAAGCUCAAGUGCCGGUACUGCAACUAUGCGAGCAAAGGAACAGCCCGGCUUAUUGAACACAUUAGAAUCCACACAGGUGAGAAACCUCAUAGAUGUCACUUAUGUCCAUUUGCAUCUGCUUGUGAACGUCAUCUGGAAGCCCACAUGCGCUCCCAUACAGGAGAAAAACCAUACAAAUGUGAACUAUGUUCCUUCUGCUGCAGUGAUCGGAGUAAUCUGCCUCAUCAUCGAAGGCGCAAGCAUAAAAUGGUGCCAAUUAAAGGUAUGCCUCAGAGCUCCUCUCCCACGAGCCCCGAGCCUCGGCCAUCGCACACUCAGAGGAACUGCAGCCCCGUGGCGGGUCCGAGCAGUGAACUGAGUGCCCACACGAGUACUCCUAGCAUAGGAAACAGCCAGCCAAGCACACCCGUCCCCACCCUGCCAGUCCAGGACCCGCAGCGUCUGCACCACUGCCAGCACUGUGACAUGUACUUCACCGACAACAUCCUUUACACUAUUCAUAUGGGAUGUCAUGCGUAUGAAAACCCUCUUCAGUGUAACGUGUGGAUGCAAAUGUAAAAACAAGUAUGAUUUUGCCUGUCAUUUUGUAAGGGGGCAACAUAACCAACACUGAUUGAGAACAGUCACCUUAUGUUUUAACUUGGGUUUUGCCUUUUUGUGUUUUUUAGUUUUGUCUGGCUUGUUUCGUCAUCCCUAAUAAGGUGUUGGCUAAUUUAACAUUUAUACAUUGUAUUUAUUGAAUAUAAAUUUGACAGUGCUAACAAAAUUUUUCUUUUUUACCCUUAAAAAUCUGGUCAGAAUCAUAUGUAUUAGAACAUACCAUUAGACACAUUGCUGUCUGUUUUUCCUUUUCAUUUAGACAUUUGAGAAUUGGAGUGCAAUCAUAAUCUUACAGGUAUUCACUUACAUUUGCCACAUUUAUGGUCCAUAAAAGCUUCAAGGCUUAUCUUGAUAUUUCAGUAUAUACACUUCAGCUAGAUGGUAUUUCUGCCACAUUUGAAAAUGGUAGAAUUCUCAAAAAAAUUGUUACAACUUAUUUCAGUGUUUAGUAGAGGAAUUUCUUUUAAAAUGCUCUUAAUUGAAAUACUAUUCAGUUCACAUAGCUUAAGUUGAAUUGCUAGUUUCAUUUCAACUGAUAAUAAAGUAUUUCAGCAUAGUA